AAACGCAACAUCAAACACCAUCCACACAUUAACAGACUGUCGUGCAACAAAAAAGCGCGCGAAACAAAAGACCAGAUGUCUUGACUGUCAACACAAAAGACAACCACUGUCAAUAUGUUCAAUCUUGCUUGACAUCGUGUUAGCAUAGGCGGAUUGUUUGGACCAAUCACAGCAAGGGUUGUUUUGCCUUUUAGGGACCGGUAUUGGGUUGUAGAUUGGUAGAACUUUGACAGUAUGGAAUGUAUGAGGUAGCAUAGCAUUAACCAGUACAGGGCCAAAGUCACUUCGGUGUUUAAUUCCAAAGUACGCGUUUCGUCGGCAAGAGCAAGUUGUUAAAGAUAGGCCGCGCAGCACUCUCAAAUUACUUAAGAUUUCUCUAAGAGACGCCAGGACAGGACGAUGCCUUCUAGAAAAAGUGAGAACUUAAAGACCUUAGGAUGAAAAGACGGGAACAGCAAAAAGGCCGUACAGGGAGGAUGGAGCGAACAACAACACGUCACAUACCCCAAGUCGUCGGGUUCCCCUCCUACGUACCCAGUGCUUUACCGAGCAGUAGCAGGGAAGAGCGGCCUCCGGCGGAAGCUAGCAGCAUUGCACCCAGAGACUGGUCGUCCAAGAAGCGGUCAAGUCGUAAUAUUCCUCCAAAACAACUUCUACCUCAGCGAUCACAAACCUAUCAGAGGACCUACACUUCAGCAGUGUACACAACCGAUUUUCUCCGUCGUUGUAACGACAUGAGGAAAGCCGGUGUGCUUUGCGACGUGAAACUUCGCUCGGGAAGGAAAGUCUUUCUCGCGCACAGAGUACUACUAGCCGUGGCGUCUGACAAGCUUGCCUUCGAACUGGGAAAGAUCCCGCCAUCUACUACACAAGUAGAAUGGACUUCUGCACUAUGGAAGGACGUUAGCUGUCAUGCAGUAGAGAGCCUACUUGAAUUUAUAUACACUUCAAGAAUAGUCCUAGAUUCUGACAGUUACCAAGAUAUUAGAAUCUUGGCAUCUCGUCUGCAGAUUGAACCUCUGCUGGAAGUGUGUCAAAACUUCGGUUGCCACAAGUCUCGGAGCACGACCUUUACGACAAGUCACGGAAAUUUCGUAUUAGAGAAGUUGUGUGCCAUGAGGCAUGACGGGAAGCUUUGUGACGUCAUCCUAGAAGCAGGUGGUCAAACUCUCGCGGCGCACAAAGUAGUUCUCGCGAUAUUUAGCGACUACUUUCGCGCCAUGUUUACGGCUGGUAUGAUGGAGGCGAAAAGUGGGAAAGUACAACUAGUAGGCGUGAACUUUUCUAGUCUACAGUCAGUUGUGACUUUUGCGUACACUUCAAAGAUUACGCUAUCAAUGGAAAAAGUAGAAAAUGUGGUGGACCUGAGUUUUUACCUGCAAUGUGCAAUACUCACUAACCUUUGCGGUGACUUCUUGCUGUCCAACAUUAAUAUCUCGACCUGCGCAAAGAUAUCUAAAGUUGCAAGUGAUUAUCACAUGUUGAUGGUGCAGGGACGGUUGGACAAAUUUCUCGCCGAGAAUUUCGCAACGUUCGUUCAAACAGAUGCUUUUCUUGACCUUCCCAUGUUCAAGGUCGCCUGUCUACUCAUGAGCAACUCCUUGAACGUUAGUGAAGAAGACGCAUUUGAAGCCGCACUGAAGUGGCUUUGUCACAAAAAAGAUCGUCUGGAAUUCACAAACUCCAUCAUGAAACACAUUCGGUUUCCUCUCAUGCAAAUCGCGUACCUAGAAAAUAACGUGGCGACCUCUAGCGUAGUAUACGGGAACAGCAGCUGCCAACGAAAGCUGGAGGAGGCUCUCCGUUACCACAAGGACCAAUACUCCCAGCCGUUACAGCAGAACGCUUGCACCAAACCUAGGGCACUCCAUGAAUGCCUUCUUGCCAUUGGAGGAAUCAAGUCACGUGAUGGGCGAGGGAGGACCAAUAAAGUGCAAUAUCUCAACCCCCUAACCUCCCAAUGGACAACGCUGACAACGGCGAAAGACUGUCUGACCCAUCGUGCCGUAGCGGUGUUGAAUAAUUUCGUGUAUCUGCUUGGAGGUGAAGCCAACAAAAGUUCCCGAUCGGCGUCGAGCACCUGCUGGAGGUACGAUCCCAGGUUCAACAGCUGGCUGCAGGUGGCGUCCCUUCAACAGCCACGUGCUGACUUCUGCGCAUGCGUCCUCGACGAGAAAAUUUACGCCAUCGGAGGACGAAACGCCAAGGGUGAGCUGUCUUCAGUCGAGGUUUACUGUCCAUCCUCGAACGCAUGGCAGUUCACAACGCCUUUGAACGUUAAAUCACUCUACGGUCACGCAGGCGCAACACUCGACAGGACGGUUUACGUUUCCGGCGGAAAUGUAGGAUGGGAGCACCAGGAUGCAUUGCGAAGCUUCUGUCCUAAAGACCGUAAAUGGAUCAACAUGGCACCUAUGCAAAUUGCUCGCACCUUCCAUCGCAUGGUGGCUAUGGGCGGGAAACUCUUCGUACUGGGAGGGACUUUCUUAUCUACGACAAAAGUCUUAAAGACAUCCGCAACUGUGGAAAGGUACAACCCGAAAGUGGACCAGUGGACAAUGGUGGAAGACAUGUUAGUACCAAUGUCAGAACCCGGAUGUACGAUCCUGGAAGGUCGAAUCUAUCUCCUUGGAGGGCUCACCCGUAACACGACUUCCCGAGCCGGGGUCGAGACCCUCUCGGACGUGCAGAGCUACGACCCCGACAGGGACGUGUGGAAGGCUGCCUGGGAUUUACCCGAGGCGUGGACGGGAAUGUCAUGCUGUACGUUAGUCCUGCCACACAGAAUACUGAAGGGAGACCACUUCACUACUUGAUAUACAUUGCAAUAAAGAUUUAUAGCGUUGGUGAAAUAUUAUUUUGUUUGAAGAAAUUGCAAAAAAAAAAACGUUCUGAUACUUGCAAGUAUGUGUCGAUAAUACAUUACACUUGGCAGCUUUGAGAGUAGUUCUGAAACAUGUAAGCAAAGGAUUUUUAAUGACAUUGUAUUUAGUAAAUCUUCAUCAUAUCAU